AUGUGGGGAUUCGGAGGAAGGUACUACUGGGAGAGAGCUGGAGAUGGGAGAAGGGAAGGAAUAGUGGUGGCCUUCGCGUGGAUGUGCAGUGAGGAAAGGCAUUUGAAGAACUAUGUCCAACUAUACUCCUCCCUCGGUUGGGAUUCCCUCGUCUGCCAUUCUAGUUGUCUCAACAUGUUUGUUCCAGCAAAGGCCACAUCACUAGCAUUUGAAAUUCUUGAUGAGCUUGUUAAGGAGCUAAGGACUAGACGUUGUCCUAUUGUGUUUGCAUCUUUUUCUGGUGGUCCAAAAGCUUGUAUGUAUAAGGUUCUUCAGAUAAUUGAGGGAAACUGUGAAGCACAAUGCAAUCUGGAUGGCUAUCGGCUGGUAAAGGACUGUAUAUCUGGAUAUAUUUAUGAUUCUAGUCCAAGCAUGGGAGCCCCAUAUUUGAUUUUAUGCUCAGAAAUUGAUAAUCUUGCUUCCUAUCAAAUUCUAUGCAAUUUUUCGCAACGAUUACAAGAUCUUGGAGCCAAUGUCAAAUUCGUGAAAUUGGAUGGAUCUCCUCAUGUUGGUCACUAUCGGAUCUACCCAAGUGAGUAUAGGGCUGCUGUGACCGAGCUACUUGGGAAGGCAACCCUGGUUUAUUCUCAGAGACUUCAACAGCUUGAUGGAGAUGGAAUGGGUAUGAGGGAGACAUAUAAAGAAAUAUCAAGGCCAACCCACAACAUAAGUAAAGCAGCGGCAUGCUCAAGCCACGACAUCUAUGGACUAGCCCUUGAGCCAUACGAACAAUUCUUGCCAAGCUCAAUGGAACCUCGUGAGGGUAUGGAUAUUGGCUCCGCAGAAGAUGAACAGAAGGAGGGUUUGAUCCAUUGCACCAAACGGUCGAGUGCCGAAGGUGUUCUUGAUCAUGUACUUCCUAAUAUAUACUUUCCCAAGAAUGUUGAAGGGUGGGAGAUGCAUUAUCAGAAGAUCAAAACUAUGAAUCUUGCAGCCUGGAAGCUAAUUUCAUCAAAAGUCACUCAAUGUUGUGCGAGUGUUUAUGAAUAUGAACUAUAUCAACUUCCUUUUCUUGUAGCUGAUCUUGUUUACAUUGGACUUUCAAGAUGA